CCGGAUGCGUGUGUGAGUGACAGCUGGCUGACGGAGCGGCGUAAGGCGGAGUAAACACCCAGAGACAGAGCCUCUUACCCCGGCCUCCCAGCGGCCUCACACCGGCCUCACCCCCGCCUCCAGCGCUCCUCUCCGGCUCCUCUCCGCCCGUCCGCCCGUCCGAGCAGCCGCAGACCUCCGGGGUUGCCACAGCGACGGUCAGCGUCCGAACACAGGAGCGGGGCGUCAGCCAGCUAGCAUAGCCACCUAGCAUAGCCUAGCCUAGCGUUAGCACCGCCUCACAGCUAGCGUUAGCAUCGGCCGCGGAGAUGAUCGCGCUGAUCAACAAGCUGCUGGACUGGUUCAAGGCGCUGUUCUGGAAGGAGGAGAUGGAGCUCACCCUGGUGGGGCUGCAGUACUCCGGGAAGACCACCUUCGUCAACGUGAUAGCGUCUGGACAGUUCAGUGAAGACAUGAUUCCUACAGUUGGAUUCAACAUGAGGAAGAUCACUAAGGGCAACGUCACCAUCAAGUUGUGGGACAUCGGCGGUCAGCCUCGGUUCAGGAGCAUGUGGGAGCGUUACUGUCGAGGAGUCAGCGCCAUCGUCUACAUGGUGGACGCAGCAGAUCCAGAGAAGAUCGAAGCCUCCAAGAACGAACUCCACAACCUGCUGGACAAACCGCAGCUGCAGGGAAUUCCUGUUCUGGUUCUGGGCAACAAGAGGGACCUACCAGGAGCUCUGGAUGAGAAGGAGCUCAUAGAGAGGAUGAACCUGUCAGCCAUCCAGGACAGAGAGAUCUGCUGUUACUCCAUCUCCUGCAAGGAGAAAGACAACAUCGACAUCACUCUUCAGUGGUUGAUCCAACACUCCCGGACUAAGAGGAGUUCCUGAGAACAGACACGCCCCCCCAACAGAACAGGCCACGCCCACCUGUCCUAACGCACACACACACACGCUCUUUGAUCAAACCCCUCCUCCCCCCCUUCUCUAAACUUUACUCCCUAACCUCCCACCUUUAUCCUCAGACCUCCUACCCUUUAGAUGCACUGGUGACUCUUAUUGAAUAAAGUAUCAAAGCAGGAAGUCAGAAAACCAAACCAAAGCCUUCGGAUCUACUUCCUGUUUCCUCCAGUAGACCAACACGUUCAACGCGUUUUAAAUUAUUACUCCGCUCACUCAUUUCCUGUGAUUUUCUCGCCAUAAAUUAGACUCCAUUCUAAACACAGAGCUGCUGAAAAUCACAAAUGUAUGUUGACUAUAUUCAUCAUUAAAGGAGUGUAACAGUGACCGUCCAGUCAUGUCACUGUUGACGUAACAACAGCUGAUUAGAAGCAUAAAUGAGAUAGAAGAAGGCGUCUAACAUAACGAGCAUUUCUCUUUGAAAACAAGGAGCCGAGUUCAGUGAGAAUUCACAGGAAACGCUGUGACAUCACAAUCCUGACAUUUAACCCUUCGUUAGCUGAUGUCAGGAACACUGAUUCUCCAUCGAGGUGUUUCUCCGCUCACACUACAGAAGUCUACAGCUUUAUUUAUUCCUACAGCAGUUAAAGGGUGAUUUAUAUUACAGAACAUGAGCAUUAUUUAUAGGGAAUAUUUCCCCCACUAGAAGAAACUCUGUGGAUUAUCUACAAAAACAUCUUCAUGGAUAGAAACCACAAAUUGUUUUUGUUUUUUUGUAAUCUGGUUGGAGUUUUAGUGUUUGAUACCGGCAGCAGAAAAGAGUUAUCAGUGCAUCUUUACAGAUCCACACAACAGCCUCCGUAAUAAUCAGAUCUUUUUAUCUGUUUUGGAUCCAAAACUAAACAUCAUCUUGCAGCGAUUUUGAUUUUUACUUAUAUACAUAACCGUAAAUAAUGAGACCGACCGACAUAGAUGCAAACAUUUAGCUUUGUUAGCUCGUUAGCUUCGAGCCUGUUUUGUGGAUUUUCCCAUGAUCCUCCUCUUCCCCUCACAGAUCUGCCUUCAUCCUUCCCUCUCUCCUUCAGAUUGCUUCCCUCUCUACCUCCACAUGGUUCAUCCAUCCACACCUCCUUCAUCUCACCUUUAUAUAAUCCUUUCUUCCUCCUCCUCCUCUUCCUCCCUCGUCUGUUGUAAACUGCUCGUCCUCCUCUGUGUCCCCUCUAUCCUUCCUUCCUUCCUUCCUUCCUUUAUUUUUGGAUGUUACCUUCUUCUCCUUUCCUCCUCGCCAAGCCCCGCCCCCUCGUUGUGUCUCUCGCUCUCCUGCCGAGCGAGGGAUUAAAAACCUUUUUAUUGCACUGUUGAUUUUUUGUUUUUGUAAGAUAUUAAUAAUGAGAAUAAUGUUAAUAAUCUUCUUAUUGUGACAUAACCUGGUCUGUCCAGAUGUAAGGAAGCGGUACUCUAACUGGAGAAGGAGAAAUGUUGUUUCUGUUCAUAUCUCUGUAAUAAGCUUUUUAUUAUUUGUUUUAUAUUGUCAUUUUUUUUAUUAUUGUUUUUUUUUUUUUUACUUUAUGAGACUUCUCUGGAUGUCAGCCAGAGUUCAGUGUUUUCUGCUCUGAGGCGUCUGCUGAUUGGACCUCGGGGUGUCACGUGAUCAAACGCAGCGUUCACUCAUGUCGGAUAAAAAGCAGCGAUGUAAUUAAUUAAGCGUUGAACCUCCCACAUAUUAAAUGUUUAUUUUAAAAUCCAUCGAGGUAAAACGUUUUCAUCCAUUUAUUUUACACAUUUACAUAUUACUAGUGAAAACAAUUUAUGAGAAAACAAAACUAAUCUGAUUAAUUAAUAAUAUCAAAACAUAUUCGUCCCUCCUCACAAAAUCUGUCUACAGAAAAAUAAUGAAACAACAUUAAAAUAAAAUAUGCAUUUAUGAAGAAAUAAAAAAUAUUAAAUCAAAUGAUAAUUGUAAUGUUUGAAAAUGAAAAAUAAGAACAUUCAGUGAUCACUUAACUGUCAAACUGAAAGAAAUUGUUCAACCUAAAUUUAAAGCGAAAUAAACUGGACUUUGCAAACUGCUUGUUUUAGGUCAUGUCUAAUGAGAAGUUUUUUUUUUUUUUCUUGGUCAUUUUCAUAUUUGUCAGUUUCAGAGAAAAGACCUCAAAGAAUCCUGAUAUAAUAUGAACCUUAUUUUUAUUAGAAAUGAACAAAAAUUGGGACAGAAUUCACAUGCAAAACUGCAGUUUGUAAUUUAAUUCUCAAGUCCAGCUUGCACCUUGACAAUUUUAUGUUACAUUUAGUUUCUAUUAUAAUGUUGGUGUUGAGCUCAGUAGUACACUGAACAUGAUUUAAUGCAUUUCCAAACAUUACAAAUGUUCUUUUAAAUCUCGUCAGCCAUAGACCUCCACACCCAACAGUGUUAGACCUGAUGAGGUAGGAAUGUGGUUUAGGACCAGGAUCUGGAUCCUUUCACUCUGAAUGAUGGUCGGCUCCAUGCCUUUAUUUAUCUGCUGGUGCUCAGACUGCUGCGCUACGUUUGUCACCAGCUCAUAGUCGAUGUGAAGAAUAUCUUCUUUUUGGUUUAAAUACGUUUUAAAUGUUAAGAUUAAGAAAGAAAACAAAAUGAAGUAAACGUUUUUGUAGAUUGUCAUUAGCAUUUCCUGUUUCAUUUGCAACAUCUUGGUGAGCUCUUUUCUCCUAUUGGUCCACAUCACGUCCUGACACGUCCUGGUCCCGACAGCAGCCAAUCAGAGCGCAGAACUAACAGGAAAAGGAAGGAGCAUUGCCUGUCUGUCCUUUUAUGUUUAAGAAUGGUCAAACCUUUUAGCUUUGUGCGUGGGAGAUGAAUUCUGCUUUACACUGUCGGGUCAAACAGGAUCAGUCCCCAAAUCCAAAGUCCACAUUUAGACAAGAACGCUCCAGAAGUCCACUUUAGAAGUGUUUUAUCCAGGAUGCUAAAGCUGCAGCUAAAGGUUAUUUAUAAUAUCUAAUAUUCUGCUGAAUAAGUAAUUCACUCUGUGUAUUAAAAGCUGAUCAAGUUC